CUUCCCAAGUAGGUCUUUCCUUACUAAGUCAAAUUCAUAUUAAUCUGUCUCUGGAAGUCAGCUUCAAUCACUCACACAGCCUCUUUAUCCCAGACUCACUUACAUAUAUCCCUAAAAAUAAUAAAAUAAUACCAAAGAAUAGAAAACACCCUAAUUCAACAUAAAGAUGUCUUGCUGGGCCCCAGGAUUGUCUCAGAAUGAGAGCGAAAUAGAGCUAAACUCAACCCUGGACGUCAUCCAGGAGGGAGCCAGCUCCGAGUUGGACCUCGAGGAGGCCUACCAGCAGCUGGAGGGAAUGAAGCAGCGUGUCCUGCAGAUGAAAAGUAAGAUAGUUCGCACCCUUCCAACAGAAUCGGACACAGACCACGUGCCUGCAGACUCGGACAACGUCAACUUGAGGGAUGUCCAGCUGGAGACCUCGCGGGGCUUCCAGCAAAUUGAGGCGGUGAAGAGCCGCCUCAAGGAGACCACCGAGGAGCUGAGCGUUGUGGCGGCACGGAUCGAGGAAUCUAGGCGGUGCACCGAGAAGCUGGCCCAGCAGCUGGAUGAGGUGCCCAAGUGGAUGGAGGAGCAAAAGCACCAGGUGGCAAAGUGCCUGGAGCGGCACAACGAACUCGAGACUAGCUACUGCUCUGACUUUGACUACAGCUCUCACAUGCGGCCUUUCCUGAUGACACUCACAAACAAAUAUCGCACUAAGGUCCCUUUGAAGUGCUACAAGAUCGAGCACAGGGCAGUAUCGAGCCAAUUGGGUCGAACCCGAUAUUUUUUGAGACGGAGUCGCGAACUGCUGAUGCAUGCCUUGCGGAAAAUGGAAGAGACCCUGCUUUCGUCGAACCUCCCCCAGGAGCUGCCUUUCGUUCUGGCGCUGCCCGAGACGCCGAAGGUGGCUGAGCAGGUCAACGAGGAGGAUGAUCCUUUCCAAACAAAACCUCCUGGAUCUUCGGGUGCCAAACAGCAACUGGGAUUUGAGGCUCCCCCGGUAACAAAGGCUCACCCAAUCCCCACACAAUGACGGGACUAAUUGAGCAAAAAUGUUUUCGCAAAUAUUUUGCAAACAGAUUUUGCAGUUAUGUAAGCCACAAAAACGCAAUUAGCCGUAAACGUAAUUAACCAAACCGAAUGUAAAACGAAAAUGCAGUGCAUACACUAAAAAAUAAUAUAAUAAAACACAGUAA